AUGUCAUGGAACAACACUCGUCCGGCACCCAUCCAAGCCCCAGGGCCAACCGUCCCAGCCAAUGUGGAGUUCAAGGAGAAGAUCUUGUCGUGGGCCCAUGGGGUCUAUGUCGACCUCCUUGCAACCAUUCACCAGGCUCGGCGCAACAGCAUGUCAAAUGGGGCUGAUGGCCAGAACCCACGCUUUUUGAAACCAAGCAUCUACCCCAAGCCCCCUCGUCAGCCGGGGCUUGAUUUUUCACAGAAUAAUCCUCCUGAACUUACUCGUCACAACAGCUACCCGUCUAGUCAACAUGAUUUACAACGGCAGAAAUUUGGCUUCCCGAGAAUUAAUGAUCCUCACUCUAAUACUGUACUACCAAGUCAUGGCCAUAAUCGGCGGCCAUCACUAAAUCAAUUUCCUCAGCACCCUCGCACAUUGGACACACGGAUACAUGAUGCCGGACGAUUUUCUGGAGCGCCAUCACGGUUUUCAACCUCUCUCUUUAAUGAGGGUUCCCCGGUCGCCAACGCCAAAUCAGCUUUGGAAAUGCUAUCUCACCUCUGCCACGAAAGCCAUUGGGAGUGGAUCGACGGCAUGCUACUUGGAGGCUGUCUGGCUUAUGGAUUGGGAGAUUACCACAAAGCCCUGCGGUGGUAUUCUCGGAUUAUUGCACGCGACACAUCACAUGUGGAGGCUAUAUCUAAUCUAGCAGCAACUUUGUUCGCCCUCGACCGACGCGAAGAAGCUGAGCAACAUUGGCUGCGUGCUGUCAAAUUGCGUCCGAGCUUCUUUGAAGCUGUUGAGCAUUUGAUAGGGCUCUUCUGCAGUAGCCAUCGUGGUCGAGAGGCGGUCAAUAUCAUUGAUUUUGUACAAAACUCGCUGCGUCAUCCAAAGGAUGGCGAUUGCUUCAAGACAGACGAGCAUGCUAGUGAGCCAGAGAGUGACGCAGAGAGUAACGUAUCAGAUGUCUGCAUGUACGACAAAGCAUCUUUCGACUACGAUGAUGACAUGGGCCGUGUCCAGAAUCUGAAUCUGGGCUCUGUCGAUGCGACUCCAGUUGGCUUCGCGACCAGUGGCUACGCAAUUCCUGGCUCGGAUAAUGGGCGGAUGCUGGCACUGGUCCAUGCCAAGGGCAAUAUGCUUUAUGCUCUUGGUGACAAUGCUGAAGCUGCUGGAGCCUUUGAGGAUGCAGUCUUGAUCGCCGCUGGCAGGAGGCGGCAUGGUAUCCAAAGCCUCAUCAAGCAGAUUUUUGCUGCCUUCUCCCAUGGCGCAGGCCCCGCAUACCAGCCAGAGGAGGGCAAUGAGAGCGUACUCUUGUAUCCGGAUAGAGCUUUGCAAACGUCGAAACUUGUAUUCUCUGCCAAUGGGACCCCGCCCGGUCUCAAGUAUGUGGCAGAAGGCAUUUCGCGAAACGCGGCGGUUUCGACUACUAGUAACUCUCUGCUUUCAUUGGCAAAGAUUUACCAGGACGGGAUGGCGACCGUGUCAUCUGGAGCCUUGAGGUCCACGCCUGGCGUUCGAGACAUCUUAGCUCUUUACUACCUCUCCCUUUCCCUCCAGCCAAGUCCAUCGACAGCGAACAAUGUUGGUAUUUUGCUCGCUGGUAUUCAGAACAAUACCCCGGCCCGUGGACUUGUGCGCCCCAACGGAGAAAGCCAACAUCCAGAGAUCCCUGGUGUGAUCCCCGGAAGCGGUAUAUCAUUGGCAUUGGCAUACUAUAAUUACGGACUGCAUCUUGACUCUCGUCAUGCACACCUGUACACCAACCUUGGCAGCCUUCUGAAAGACAUUGGUCAACUCCAUGCUGCUAUUAAGAUGUAUGAGCAAGCGGUUCAGUGUGAUGGCAAUUUCGAUAUCGCAUUGGCCAACUUGGCAAACGCUGUCAAGGAUUCUGGCCGAGUCAACGACGCUAUUACCUAUUACAAGCGCGCCGUCAAGGUGAAUCCAGAGUUCGCCGAAGCAGCUUGUGGUCUAGCUAACGCGUUGAACUCGGUGUGCAAUUGGGUUGGUCGUGGUGGCAUUGUGAAUGGACGUGGCUUUCAUGAUCGAUGGCAUGUGGAUGACAAAGGCAUGCUUCGGGAUGCCCAGGCCAAUGACACAGGCGCUGGUUGGAUUAAGCGUGUUGUGGACAUUGUUGACCGGCAGCUUCGCGAAGGCGAAUACUGGGGCCGAGGGCUAUUGACUCAAAGCACAACCGAACAACUGUGUGCGCAAUUGGCGAAUGCAUUGGAAUCAAGUUUCACAGGAAAUCGGAGAUCAGCUCUUGCCAAAGUCCUGAAGUCAUGGGCAGGACAGAAAUGGGAAGGGUCUCGCAUCGUUCGGCUUAUUGAACGUGCCACCCGAUCCAUCACAUGGCAAUGGUACCAAGAUCGGUAUGUCUAUGGCAAAGACUAUCCUGCAUCUAAGUACCGUCGGCCCCAACUUCCUGCUGCUUUGAGUGCGCCAAAUGCGCCCACCGUCUUGCCCUUUCACACUUUCACCUGCCCGCUGUCCGCGAAGCAGAUUCGUCAAAUCUCACAGCGUAAUGGUCUCCGGAUCUCAACGUCCACUCUGCGGCUGCCCUGGCUUCCAGCUACAGUAUACCGUCCACCCGCCCCACCGAACCCAGCUCUUCGAGUUGGCUAUGUGUCAUCUGACUUCAAUAACCACCCCCUGGCCCACCUCAUGCAGUCGGUAUUUGGGCUGCACAAUCCAAACAAGGUAACGGCGUAUUGCUAUGCCACCACUGCCAGUGACAAGUCCAUUCACCGCCAGCAGAUCGAAAAAGAGGCACCCGUCUUCCACGACGCCAGCGCAUGGUCAGUGGACCGCUUGGUCCAGCAGAUCGUCGACGAUGGGAUCCACAUCCUGAUCAAUCUGAAUGGCUAUACUCGUGGUGCUCGUAAUGAGGUGUUUGCCGCUCGGCCUGCACCAAUCCACAUGUCUUUUAUGGGCUUUGCAGGGACCCUAGGUGCGGAGUGGUGUGACUACAUCCUUGCUGAUCAGAUCUCGAUUCCUACAGAGACUUUGAGUCCUGCACGGCGCACCACGCGCAUUGAGGAUCGCCUUCUUGACGAAGACAAUGGGGAGGAUCUUGAGAACUGGGUUUACGGCGAGAAGAUUGUCUUUACACGGGACACUUUCUUUUGCUGUGACCAUCGACAGAGUGCUCCUGAUGCUGGGGAACGUCAUCUCUCGUGGCAUGAUGAGCAGAUGCGACGUUGGCAAAUGCGAAAGGAAUUGUUUCCCAAGCUGAGUGAUGAUACUAUCAUCCUUGGGAAUUUUAAUCAGUUGUACAAGAUUGAACCUACCACAUUUCGAACGUGGUUGCGGAUUCUGGCGCGCAUUCCUAAUGCCGUUCUUUGGCUACUCCGAUUCCCGGAAACAGGCGAACAGAACCUACGAGACAUUGCCAAAGCAUGGGCGGGUGAGGCAACGGCAUCGCGAAUUAUAUUUACGGACGUGGCACCGAAGAAUGCACACAUUGCACGGGCCAAGGUCCUAGAUCUAUUCCUCGAUACGCCCGAGUGCAACGCACACACCACGGCCACAGAUGUCCUGUGGAGCGGUACGCCGAUGCUCACAUACCCGCGAUACAAGUACAAGAUGUGCUCGCGCAUGGCAAGCAGUAUCCUCACAAGCGCACUCCCAAGCACAGAAGACGGGAGACGAGCCCGGGAGGAACUGAUUGCCUCUUCUGAUGAUGACUACGAGAACAAAGCUAUUCAGCUUUGCAUGGAUUUAAAAUACGUGAUUGGUGGCAGUGGCCGAGCUACAGGUCGACUGGCGAAUAUGCGACAGAUGUUGUUUUUGCAGCGAUACACGAAUAGGCUGUUUGAUACGGCGCGCUGGGUGCGUGACCUAGAACUUGCGUAUGAGGCUGUGUGGGCGAAAUGGGUGAAUGGCGAAGAAGGCGAUAUCUGGUUAUGA